AUGUUGAACCAUAGCGCAUCUCUCAAGCGAGGAGGAGGAAGAGGAGGAAGAGGAGGACACUGCAAGUCGGUCAAAGUUUGCGACUGUCGCCACGAAAACGCCGGAGUUCAAGAGAAACUGCUCAAAAGUGGUCCGGACUUUAAUGACUUUCUCAAUGAGCUGCACAAGGAAUUUUCCAUCGAGUCACAUGAAACAUUUGUGGUGUCCACGACAGACAGAGCGGUCCUGGAUUAUGACACAUUUGCUGCACUCGAGGAUGGCAGCACCCUCUACUUGUUUCGGCGGGAGGAUCAAGCUCUGCCGGCGGCCCGGGAGGAGACCAUCACGUUUCAGCCUCAUUACGAUACGCUGAUUCAGAGCGGCACGUACGAGUACUACGCUAGCAAUGACAAGAACUCAUUUCCCUAUGCACUUGCUGAGUUGAUUGACAAUUCCCUUUCAGCCACAGCUAAAAACCCGGGUGUGAGGACAAUAGAGAUCCGAAUGCUGUUCGAUGAAACUCUUGGGAAACCUGCAGUGAUCGUGUUAGAUAACGGGUGCGGGAUGACAUCUAAGCAGCUCAAUAACUGGGCAGUUUACAGACUCUCUAAAUUUCUCAGGGAUGACAGCAAAUCUGCAAGCAAGGAUGAGAAGUACGUACGGCCUGAUCAUGUCCCUCGUAGUCUCAACAGUGACAUAUCCUACUUUGGAGUUGGAGGAAAACAGGCGAUUUUCUACAUCGGAAACUCAGUCAGGAUGAUCACCAAGCCAGUAGGCUCCCCAGAUGUUCAUGAGAUGGUGAUGUCAAAAGCGGACUUUGAGGAAAAAGAGAGGAACAACGAGGAUAUCUACAAAGGGACGAUAAAGAACAGAAAGCCCGGUGAUUCUUCACAUGUGAAAAAAAAUGGGGAGAGUUUCCUACGUGAUCUUAUAGCUGAGGAAUCUGGGAAGGACAGCUUCACCGCCGUCGUCAUGACAGGAGUUCUGCCCGAUCACAUCGCUUUCCUCAAAGAGGACUUUAGCGUUUGGACCCGAGAGCUCACUCACAUUUAUCACUAUUACAUUCAUGGAGUCAAUGGAAAUGACCCGAGAAGAAGCUCCACGAACUCGGAUCAAUCCUCUAAAAUUGACAUUCAGGUGACUCUGCGGGAGAAGCCCAACAAGUUGCCUCGUGUGUUGAAUCUGAGGGAAGUCGAGGACGACAUGCAGACUCUGUACAUCAACGCCACCGCGGACACGUUCGAGUUUCACGUCUCGUCCGCAGUCGGCAGUGGCAGAGUGGAGGGACUCAUUCGGUAUCACCCUUUCCUCUACGACAGGGAGACUUACCCUGAAGAGCCAGACACUAUGCUUGCGCCCGUUGAUGACGAGAGUGACGAUAACGAGUCCGGAGACCUGCAGCAAGCGAGAGGGAAGAGGCCUGUGUUUGAAUGUUUCUGGAACGGACGACUUAUACCUUACACCACAGUUCCAGAGUUUGAGUGGUGCGCUUGGCCCAAAGGAAACGCAAAGGUGCCUGCCGAGUGUUACAGUCGCUUUUCGGGCGUGCUUUUCACCAACGACACGUAUAAAGUCAGCACCAACAAGCUCACCUUCAUGGACCUGGAGCUCAAACUGAAGAGCAGUGAAUCCAUCUUCACACGUGUUGUGAACGGACAGAGACAAAGGGUCAACAUUAAGUUGGAGUUUAACAAGUGGCUCCAAAACUGUCACGAUAAGCUGGACAAGCAAACCAAGUUCCUGCGCUUCAAGGAAAUAAUAACACGACCAGACGUUCCUACUAAGAAAAUGCAGUUCCCCUGGGCGACGUUCUCCUCCAUCCAAUUUGGCGGCAAAAAAUACCAAACAGGCCAACUUGUGAAGUCUCAGAAAACUCAGCCCAUCUUUAAUGGGACGGUGACUCGGUUUCUGCUGUUUGGAAAUCACGAUAGAGACGUGUUUGCCACAGGAGGAGACGUUGAAGUGACUCUGGAACCCAAAGAGCUUUACGACACAACCAAGAUCAUACCCAUAUCCAAGAUUGACAGGAACGCCACCGUUGAGGCCAUCAACGAAAACAUCGACAAGGAUCGGGUCAAACUCCCAGAGGUGCUGAAAGUGGACUGGCCUCAGGGUGUCCCUUGGCCCCAGAACGCUGUGCGUCCAGCUGGGACUCCGUUAGGACCGAUCAAAGUUGAGAUCCAGAACAAGAACGGGGAGUCGUUAUCCAGGAUGCCGUCAGUGACUCAGGGGACGGUGAGAAAGCUCGGCAUCGAACUCAGACUCAUCCAACAUGAUCCUAAAGGAAGUCAGACGACACUGAUAUCUCUUUUUGCCCCAGACCCACACAAGACUCACUACUUCUGGUUUAAAACAAUUGAUAAUCUGAAAAUCCUGGGGAAGUACAGCCUGUGUCUGAACACUGUGGUAAAUGAGAGUAAAGAGAGUAAAGCUAAGGUCGUUGGAGGGAAACCGCUCCCAAGCUUCAAACUCAAUUUCACCAUCACAGCGGGUAAAGCUGAGAGCUUCUCGGUGGGAGCAGUGAGAACCACUCUGAAUGUAGGAGUGCCGUUCGACAUUCCUCUGGAGAUAAAAGACGGCUAUGAUCACCCAACAAAGCCUCCUCAGGGUCUCAGACCUGAACUCAAAUGCAGUGGCCUGGAGCUGAGCUACGAGGCAGUGGACUGCACUGAGAAGACUUUCACCAUCAGAGGUGUCAAAGCAAGAGGAAAAGUCCAGAAUUACCAACAAUCAAAGCCAUAUGACCUGAAGGUGACCGUACCUGGCCUGAAAAAGGACUCACAGACUAUAAAAAUCAGCCUUUUGCCCGGUAAGCCACAUUCCAUCCACGUAACCCAGGGAGACGAGCCAAUCACAGUAGAGAACGGAAACUCCGUCACUUUCAACGUUGAAAUUCACGACGAGGCCGGAAACAUCACCGCUCACCCUAAACUGACUGUUCGCUGCCAGGUGCCGUCACUUGCAGCAGUGAACAUUGACUGCAGCAGCACUGGAGCUGGACAGCUUGUCACAAAGCCCAUGAACCUCCUAAUAAUCAAGGGAGAACCACAACAAGUCAAAGUCAAAUUUGACCUGCUGGGUUGGAAGAAUGUAUCGCCGGUGGAGAGAGAGCUGAACGUGCUGCCCAGCACCAGAGUGGCCCGGAUGGAGCUCUGCUGCCAGAAUGAUGAGAAUCUGAUCCUGAGGAACAAGGAAAAGAUUGAAUGGUUGGCUGGAGGCGUGCUGGAGAACCUGUUCUAUAAGCUGUAUGAUGAAGCUGGCAGAGAAGUCUCGCUCACUGCUGAAAUAGCCGCUACGAUCAAGGUCAACUGGACAGCUGAUGUAAAUCUUGAAGAUCUGAUCCAGGGGAAGCUGCCGGACAUACAGGUGCCUUCUCAGGUGCAGCUGAAGAAGACGGGCUUCUACCAAGUGUCCUACAAAGACCAGAGUGUGUCCGCCUCCUUUACUAUUACGCCUCGUCCAGAUGAACCAACACGGCUAAAAGCAACGGUGCCCCAAAACACGAUGAAGCUGGGAGAAACUCUACCUGGAAACAUCAACUUGGAGCUUGUGGAUCAGUACGAUAAUGUAACGAAGACGCUGACUUCCGCCUGCGUGAAACUCUUCUCUGUGGAGGCUGAAGGUCUGGACAAAUCAGCCCUCAUCUUCACAUGGCAGGGGAGCAGCAGUUCUGUCGUAUUGACGGGGGUCCGGUUCCAGUCCGGGACCCCCGGCUCCAGAGAGAUGAUCUUCAGCUACAAGAACUACGUGGAGCGCGUCAUCGUGGAAGUGACGGCCGGAGUUCCUACGCAGUUUAAACUCAUCAGUGGACCAGAGAUGCCUUUGCAGGUGUUGAACGACCAAGGCAUCCCCACAGCGUUCGUCAUCCAGCUGUGUGACCAGUGGGGAAACGUCUCCCCAGACCAGAGGGUUGUGGUGGAGUUGAGGCCUUCACCUCCAGCGCUGAAGGUGCGGACAUCUGUUACUUCACAACCUGUGAACGCAGAGGGAAAAGUGUCUUUCGUUGUUGAGAGUGUGAGUGGACCAAAGGGGUACUAUCAGCUGGAGUUUAUAGCUUCCUUCAACAAGAGGCCCAUCAAUAGUCCUGCAGUGAAUCUCACAGUCAUCCCAAACCCCAACAAACCUGUCAGCCUGUCAGUGGAGUACAACACCAACGCUACGUUUCCUGCUGCAGGCGUUUUCCCUGUGUUCUCUGUGACCGUGGUGUCUGAUGAAGGAAGCCCGAUUACGACUUUUAACCCGGCCGCCGCCUCCAUGUUCCUGUGGAUGGGAACGCCAUCAGGAGGAAUGCCUCCAAUAACGGUUCCUGAACUGAAACCGAGUAAACCGAGAGCGAAUGAAAAGAAGGACCGUUUUCACUUCAGAGAUAAAGAAAUCCCAGAGAAAGCUGGAGACUACGUCAUGCAGUUCUCUCUGCUUGUUGACACAGAAAACGUCCUGUACAGUGAUCAGAUCACUAUACAUGUUGGGGCCAAUCAACCUGUCAAACUGGGACCUGACUUCGAGCUUCCAGCCCCGGUUGUUUCCUACACUAAAGACAUAGCCAACCGAACCUUAGUGGAGAACAUGACUCUGAGGAUAACGGAUUCAUAUGGUAACACAGCGGGGCAGGACCUGGAGGGGAAGGUGGUGAUUUUUAUAAAGAGUCCUGAUGACGACAGGAACAAAAGUCUCCCUUUGUUUGAGGGCAAAACCAACAAAGUUCAAUUCUGCCUGAAGAAAGGAAAGAUCAACAUCCCUAGGCUGGCCAUCAUGCAGGAAAGCCCCGGCGAGGACAACAGUUUAUACAUCCUGCUCUUCACACCCGAAGUCUCAACGGCCCUCGCUCCUUUUAAGCUCCCUUUCCAUUUUUACAAUGACUCAUCAAACCAGCGGAUAAUGGCUGAGCUGUCCAUCAAGAAGCAUGCACUCACUGAAGAACUGGCUUCCCAGAGAGAAUACUACAACACAUACAGAGAACUCCUUCAGGAACUGACCGCUCAACUCCAGGAUGCAAGCAGUAAAGAGGCUGACCUCAGAAAUCAGCUGAUCCUGAACAUGAACAUACCACAGCCUGUAAAUAUGCAAAGUAUCGACAGACUGAUAAACGAGAAGACACCUGAAAUGAAAAGGAGUCAUACGAACAGAAGAAUCUGCUCCAUUCCCAACCAGUUCAAGGGGAAGGAUGUACUGGGAAAGGUUGGCCACCUGGCCUUUGUGCAGGAUGACGAUGCCGCUCGGGUAAUUUCCUGGCACAUCAGGGGUUACAUUGAUUGCGUCAUUACCAGAACGACAGAAGCAGCGCAGAUAAUCUACAGAGAAACGCAGGGCAGGCAGAAAGUCAUGCCACUCGACAGCGUGUUUGUGAAUUCAGGCAACAGGCCGCUGCCACACAUGAAAAAUGGCCGCAUGGUCUUUAAUCCUCCUGGGAACCCGAUGUUCGCCAAAGACCUCCUGAUUUACCCCCAAGAAAAGGAAAGCUGUGAAAUCGUGUUUAAAAACAUCCUCAGAGAUACCAUCCUCAUUGAUGACCUGGACUCUGCAAACCACUACAGAAGGGCGGUGGUACAGAACAAAAUGCCGUGUCCCACCAUCCUGACCAGACAGGGGGACAUGAUCAGUGGCCAGGGCAUGUUCGGAGGCGCACAGAACAAAGCUCCACCAAUUCGAGAUUUACAAGUGUUUGCAGCUCCUCUCCCACAGGAGUACCACGACCUGAAUAAACAAAUAGAAAUGCUCAAUAAGUACAAGUCGGUUCUGAAGAGCAAAGAGGAUGCACACAUGGACCGUGAGGAACACAGGAAAGCACUGACAUCUCCUGACAUGCAGAACAAGCAACGAGAAAUGAAGGAGAAAGAGAAGCAUCUAGAGCAGAUUGAGAGACAACUUGCAUCAAUGCACACGAAACCAGCGAAGAGGGGUGCUGAGAGUGCUGCUGAGCCAUCUGGCAUUACUCCAAAGAGAACAAGGCAGAUGAACAAUAAAUGAAAUUGAUUGUUUGAGUACAAAGUUCAAAUUUUAUUUUACUAUUAUUAUUUUUUUUACUUCAGGAAUAUUCGGGUUGUUGCAAUCA